CAAAAAUAUAACGACUUAGUUACGUUUGCUCAUUGGAUAUUUUGAAUACUAGCCUUGCAGAUAUUGUUAGUUACAGAUAAAUAAGAUUGUUAGUUUCCAGUACGUAAUAACGGAAAUUGAUAUCGUGGAUAUAUUACUAGGAAAUAAAUCAAUGGAAGCAACGGAUCUCCAGCUUAAGCCGUACAAAUGGCUUAACGAAGCGGCAAUCUUCAACAAAAACGACGAGCAGAUACCAAUCGAGUGGCUCGAAACGAACGCGGACUUUAUUGUCCUCCUUUUCACGUCCUGCGGUGUAGACAAGGACGGAAUCAUUGAGAAAUUCUAUGAAAUAUAUGAAAACGUCAAGUUCGUGAACCUUCCUAUCGAAGUCAUCUUUGUACCGAUGGACGAGACCGAAGAAGACUUUAAUCAUGCAUACGAGCAACAAGCGAAUUGGUUUACUCUUAAAUAUUCUGAUCCCCUGGUAGUUGUGCUCAAAUAUAUGUACGGAAUAACAUGUGUUCCCAGCUUAGUGGUUAUAAAAGUUGAUGGUACCAUUAUUUCCAAACAAGGGAUAUUAGAUUUGGAAAAAUAUGGAAAAAAUGCGGUAGUCACAUGGAUCUCCAGGACAGCAUCUAUUAAAAAUCCCAGGAAAUUAAGCAAAGAACUGACGAUGUAUGGAGAUAAGUGGAAAUAUAUGACUGUGGUUAAAAGUAAGCCGGCUAAAGCUGAUUAUCAAAGGAAAUUCAGUACGGCUGUGAACGACGCUAUUUCAAAAUCGUCAGAAUGAUUUUUUUCGUUUUAAUAUUUACGUAGAAUA